CAAGCUCGAAACCACACCUUUAAAAUGGCAGGGAAGUUAGAAGGCGAGUUACAAGAGAGCCUCCAAUGUCCCGUCUGCUUGGAGACACUGACUGAUCCCAGGGCUCUGCCAUGCAUACACAAUUUCUGCAUUGCUUGCCUCGAAAAGGUUUACUCCGAGUCGCAAAGCAAAGGAGAAUCAAGAGAUGAACUGGAGUGUCCUACAUGUAGAGUAAAGCACCCGCUACCAAAUGGAGACGUCCAUAAGAUAAGCAAAAAUUAUCAGCUGGCCGAUGUUAUAGAGCUAUUACGUUCUCACUCAAAUACAAGCAAUAAUGAUGAUGAAGUUUGUAAUGAAGUACCUCCAAAGAAAGAAAAGAAGAAGGACGAAGCUAAGGAAGAGUUUCUGUGCGAUGUGCACAGCAAGAAGCAGGACAUGUAUUGCUUAAAAUGUCAGUUUCUUGUCUGCCGGUCUUGUAUCUCGGAUCCUGUCCACAGCGAUCAUGAGGUUAUAGAUCAUGAGGAUGUCAUUGGUCAAUUGAUGGAGGAGGUGAAAGAGCUUGAGGGCUUAGUGAACAACGCUGGGAGCAAUAUCGAAGAGCAUCUAGCUGAAGCUAAUGCUUUAAAAAAGCAGGAAUCAGAAAAUCUCGAGUCCUGCAAGCUAGAGCUUACGGAUUAUUUUGACCAAACUACAAGUCGUUUAAGAGAGAGGAUAAAAAAGGCUCAAGAGAAGUUGUCUGAAGUUGAGACUCAUCAGAAGAGCCUCUCGCAGAUGUUAGAGGAUGUCAAGAUUAGCCAGAACAAACAGAGAGAUGCAGACAUAGAAGAGCUAAUCAAGUCAAAGGAAAAUGCCGGAAGACUAGUGGAAUCGGCUCAAAACCUUUUAUCAAGUAAAGAGCAGUACAAUAGCAGAGAAGCUGUGAGCAAGGCAAGCUCCAUUGUCAAGAAAAUGAGAAGUGUUGUUGACACUAAUACCCAAUUUGCCCUCACUUCCGAUCCAAUUGAGUACAAGUUCUCUUCACAAAAAGAUCCACUUCAGUGUGAACUCAUCGAUCAAUCGGCCAUAGUAGUAUCAGGAUUACAAGAGAGGGCCCGAACUGGUGCCAAUACGUUCACUAUAAAGUAUCUCAAGAAGCUUCAUUCCCCUCCAGAAAUCUCAGUCACCAUUAAACUACCCAAUGGGAGGCAAUGCACUGCUGAGGAAGUAAAAGUUGAGCCUGUGGCUGAUUCAUCCAAUGAAUGGACUGUUGUGUAUUUCCUCUCUAGUGGUGGUUUUCUAUCACUCUUCACACGUCGUAUCAUUGAGAUAUCGGUAUGCAUUAAUGCAAUAGAAGCUAAAGGAAGCCCAUUUAAAGUUCAGUAUGGAGUAACAAAGGACCUUGUGUUAAAUCCAUUGAUUUGAUCGUAGUUACUAUAAUCUAUAGUUUUUAUAUUUUCAUAACUACACACUUAAAAUUAUUAGUCAUUUAUUAUGCAAA